UCCAUCUGGGCCACUUGAGUAGAGACCUCCGGCUAGCUUUCCCCACCCCCGUCCGCUUCUCGCCUCGAUGUCUUCAAAACUUAAGGAACGGAAAAAGAUCCCCAUUUCGCACAAAGUGAUCGAAAAGAGGAGAAGAGACCGGAUCAACCGCUGUCUAAACGAACUGGGGAAAACCGUCCCCAUGGCCUUGGCCAAACAGAGUUCCGGCAAGCUAGAGAAGGCGGAGAUUUUGGAGAUGACGGUGCAAUACCUGAGGGCCCUGCACUCCGCGGAUUUCCCUCGGGGAAGAGAAAAGGCAGAACUUCUAGCUGAAUUUGCCAACUACUUUUAUUAUGGCUAUCAUGAAUGCAUGAAGAACCUAGUUCACUACCUGACCACAGUGGAGAGAAUGGAGACCAAAGAUACCAAGUAUGCUCGGAUUCUGGCUUUCUUGCAAUCCAAAGCUCACUUUAUCACAGAACCUCUCUAUGCUUCCUUGGGAUCUCUUCCAGAGUCAGACUUUUCCUACCAGCUUCCUCCAGCUCCAGACUGCUUGGGUCAAGGCACUAACGAUCCUGUUUUCUCACAAGCGGCCGGGCACAGUCACUUCUCCUGGCACAGUUCCACCAGAAAUCCCACCAUUCCUUACCUUCCCAAUACCACUAUGCCCCUCAGUAGUCCCGGACAGCAGCGCAACACUUUCUUGCCAUCGGUACAAGGGCUGGAUCGCCACUACCUCAACCUGAUUGGCCAUUCCCACCCCAAUACAUUUAGCCUGCCUCCUGGCCAACAUCCAUCUGUGUUGUAGCCUACAUCUGGGAUGUCCAGUUUGUUUUCCAAAGGGGGCUCCAGUGUCUUUCAUGGCUGAAUUAGAGAACUGGAUGGUUUCUUCUGACAUGUUGUUCUUAAAGGCAAAGGACAUCUUUCAGCCCAUUAGUUAUCUGAAGAGAAUAUAUUACCUUGCACCAUAAUGGCCCUCCCAUCACUGUAAACAGAUAUGUAACUAAUGGUGGGGAAAGAAUAAAGAUGAACUCCUGGGGGAAGAAGGUG